GUUCAGAAGUGAUGUUACCAUAGCUGCUCUGCAGUGUUCUAGAACCUGAAACGUAAACACAGAAUCUUUAAACUGACAAGAUUCACUUCUCCAAUGAACUUCACUGUGUGAGCACAAACUUCUUGGAGCAGCAGACGCCAACAUUUUCCAAACAAAUCUUUACAAGAAAGAAGAAAUUUUCACUGAACAUCUUUGGAUCCCAGACAGACUUUGUAUUUUUCUACACAAAGAGCACUGAGAUGUACAUCAGGCAAGAAACUGAACAGCAUGUGGAGUGGAUGGAGAGGGAAGGGUGUCACUCCAACCUUGAGGAUAUUUUACUCAACCUGUUGGAGCAAUCACCAAAUCCUCCACCUGCACCUUCUUCCCCUGCUGGGCCACCUCAGCCAGCAGCAGUCAGUCUGCCUGGAGGUUUUGGUGGUUGGACCAUCCUGGGAGUAGGCCCUCCAGUAACUGAGCAGCAAGUUCCCCCAAUAGCUGCUCCCUACACCAUGGUGCCAGCUCACCUAAGCACUCAGCCAGGGACUGUUAGCCAGGGACAGAACCUGCUGAAUCAGUGGCCUGCAAACGGCGUCCUCACAGCAGCCGCUGUUCCUCCUGCUGCUCCUUCAGACCCAUGUUCCCGUGUCCUCCAGAUUCCUGAUUCCAUGACCCAGUACCUGCAUCCUAUUGGAGUACUAAACGGUGUGUUGGUGUGUGAUUUUGCUGCUCCUCCAAUCAACACACCCUCUCCAAAAAAGAGGAAGCGUCAUGAGCAUCAGGAUGAUGAGGACCGGGUGUAUGUGAAGAAGCCACCCAAUGCCUUCAUGCUGUUUUUGAAUGAGGAGAGGCCAAAGGUCAAGGCUGAACUGAUUAACAGCAGUAGUGCAGCAGUCAAUGCCGUUGUGGGAGAGAGGUGGAAGUCGCUGCCAAAGGCCCAACAGGCAAAAUACUACGAGCAGGCAGAGGAGGAAAGGAUGCUCCACGCCCAACAACAUCCGCAGUGGUCCAGCAAAGAUAACUAUGCCAAAAAGAGGAGGAGAAUCCGAAGGUCCGCCUGCAGCACAGCAUCUGCACCGACACCUGUGCAGGAGGUUCAACAGGCCAGUGUGCCUGUGUGUGGCACGCUCCACGUGCCGCAAGAAAAUCAGACCCUCCCUGCUUCUCAGGCUUCCUCCCCGCCACAGCAGCUCAGGAGUCCUUCCUUCAUCACCGAGACUCCUGCAAUGGGUUUGAGCUCAGCCCCUUCAUCUACAUCAUCGGCUGCCUUUGCUGAACCCAUUGAACCUGAAAGUGAGGCAACCUCACUCAGCAAGGCAGGAGUAGAACUAUUGUCUCUCAGUGAAGACCUUGAUGCCUGCCUUCCUGCCAUGCAGCCUCAGGAGCCUUUCUUUCUUCUCUCUGACUGUCACACUGAGCAUGAGAUCAGCUCCAAUACUCUUGUGGAUGCCUCUCUAUCCACAUUAGCGUCCUCUGAAGCUGCACCAGUUCAACCCACGGCCACUUUGUUCAGCAAUCCUGAAGAGGAUCUCUUAUCUUUUCUGAGCCAGUCUGAAGUAGACUUUCUCUACUCUAGACUUUAGUCACUUCUGGCUUUUGGCUUUCUAAAGGAAAGUCAAUUCAACUUCAACUACUUUCCACAAUCUCUCUGCACUAUACAAGUUUCACUGGUGUUAGCUAUGUUUCCUGAAGACAGAUCCCUGCUAUUCUUGACUCCUUUCUCUCUAUUCUAUCUUUUUCUUUAUUGUACCUUCCAUAUUUUAGUUGUUAAAUUUCCAUAUUUUUACUUGUUAAGUUUCCUGUCUUUGUUGCUAAAUUUUCCAUAUUUUACUUGCUAAAUAUCCAUAUUUUUAGUUGUUAAAUUUCCAUAUUUUUACUUGUUAAGUUUCCUUUAUUUGUUGCUAAGUUUUCCAUAUUUUUAGUUGUUAAAUUUCCAUAUUUUUAGUUGUUAAAUU